GGCAGCAUAUCAACUUACUGCAGGCGCCGUUAGACCCUUUUGCUUCAAGAUGUCGGUGUUCGGGCCGGUGGUAAAAAUCCAUCCCGUCGUACUCGCUUCCAUCUGCGACUCUUAUGAGAGGAGAAAUGAGGGCGCGAGCCGGGUCAUCGGAACCCUUUUGGGUACCAUCGAUAAACACUCUAUAGAGGUGACCAACUGCUUCUCCGUCCCUCACAACGAAUCUGAGGAUGAGGUUGCCGUGGACAUGGAGUUUGCCAAGAACAUGUAUGACCUUCACAAGAGAGUGUCGCCUACAGAGGUCAUCAUCGGAUGGUACGCCACAGGCUUUGAUAUCACCGAACACUCUGUGCUCAUCCACGAGUACUACAGCCGUGAAGCUUCCAACCCCAUCCACCUGACCGUGGACAGCGCCCUGCAGAGCGGCAAAAUGAACAUCCGCGCCUACGUCAGCGCCCAGAUGGGUGUGCCAGGAAAGACGGUCGGCGUUAUGUUCACCCCACUGAUGGUCAAGUAUAUCUACUAUGACACUGAGAGGAUAGGAGUGGAUCUCCUACAGAGAACUCGUCUUACUCCCAGCCGUACCAAGGGGCUGACCUCCGACCUGUCCCAGGUGGGCUGCGCUGCGUCCAGGAUACAGGAUAUGCUGACCACGGUGCUGGCGUACAUUGAGGAUGUGCUGUCUGGAAAGGCGACGGCAGAUAACAGCGUGGGUCGUUUUCUCAUGGACCUGGUCAAUAAAGUGCCAACCAUCUCAGCAGAGGACUUUGAGAACAUGCUUAAUUCCAACAUCAAUGACCUGUUGAUGGUGACCUACCUGUCUAACCUGACCCAAGCACAGAUCGCUCUGAACGAGAAGCUGGUGCUCCUCUGAGGAGUCCUUUCAAGUCAUAUUUAAGUUUCUUUGUUUUUCUUAUAUUUUGGCUGAGAUGAAUAAAGUUCAACAGUCGUGACUGA